AUGUCUACCUCAAAUUUAUUGAAUAAUUCCUUUGAUGAAAGCGACGAAGAGGACGAUAAUUUCAAUCCCCAACCUGCGGAUCUUUCAGACAACGAAGAUGAAGGAAACAACACAACCAGCGCGCAAAGACAAAAUGAAGCUUCGCGUCAUCAAGUAGGCGAUGACGAUGGCUCCGAUGAUGAAGCAGGCCCCUCGAGUAAUAGAAAACACGGGUCGGGUGGUGCUCAAGACGACGAUGAAGACGAAGAUGAUGAAGGCGAGGGAGAAGACAUUGGUGGAGGUGCUAAUGAUGAUGACGAUGAGGAAGAAGAAGAAGAAGAGGAUGAUGAAGAGGAAAUUACGGGACACCGCCGCAAGCGCCGCAGAGACCGUCGCAAUGUUUUCCUCGAUGUCGAAGCUGAAGUAGAUGAAGAUGAGGAUGAGAAUGAGGAUGACGAAGAUGAAUUGAACGAAAUGAAUCACACUUUCAUUGCAGACACACACCCGGAUGAUAUGGCAGACCUUCCAGAUGGUGGUGAGACAGAUGACAGGCGUCACCGAGAUUUAGAUAGAAGACGCGAAAUGGAGGCGAGUCUUGAUGCGGAAAAGCAAGCAGAAAUUCUACGACAACGAUAUGCGAACAAGGGUCGAUCAUCAAGAGGCACUGGAGACUCAGCGGUCGUUCCAAAGCGUCUUUUACUUCCUAGUGUUGACGAUCCUAGUAUUUGGGCUGUACGAUGUAAAGAAGGAAAAGAAAGAGAGGCCGUCUUCUCUAUUAUGAAGCGCAUAGAAGAGAGAGCUGGUACUAAAGAGGAACUUGCGAUCACUUGCGCUUUUGAACGUGGUGGAACGCAGUCUACAAUGAAGGGUUUUAUUUAUGUUGAAGCACAGCGACAAGCCGACAUUUUGACUGCUAUGGAUGGCCUUAUGAAUGUCUACCCUCGAACUAAGAUGAUGCUGGUUGAGAUCAAGGAAAUGCCAGACCUUCUCAGAGUUACGAAGAGUCCAACUGUAGAGGUUGGAGCAUAUGUACGACUUAGGCGUCCAGUGAAAUAUGCGGGUGAUCUUGCGCAAGUGUUGGAAGUCACUGAUACUGGUCUCGAACUCCGUGUCAGAUAUGUACCUCGUCUCGACUAUGGUCUUCAUGAGGAUACUAGUGUAGGAGCGGACGGAAAAAGAAAGCGCCCAGUAGCCGGACCACGUCCACCCCAAAGACUCUUCAGUGAAGCUGAAGCUAAAAAACGACAUGCAAAACAUCUGCAAGGUCGACCAGACACGAAAACAUGGAAUUACUUCAAUGAAGAAUAUAUCAAUGGAUAUUGCGAGAAGGAGGUUAAAAUCCAGGCGCUGAUCACUAAGGAUGUUAAUCCAACCCUCGAAGAAGUCACAAGAUUUGCUUCUGGUGCCGAAGAUGGAACCGAAAACUUGGAUUUAAAUGCUCUCGCUGCAAGCUUGAAAGCAAGCACAGCCAAUGCCUCUUAUUUACCGGGAGACGUCAUUGAGGUUUACGAAGGGGAACAAAAGGGUGUCGUUGGUAAAGCAGUUUCUGUCACUGGUGAUAUUGUCACAAUGGCUGUGUCCGAAGGAGCAUUAAGAGGUCAAACUAUCGAAAUUCCUAUCAAGGGUCUACGUAAGCGUUUCCGUGAGGGUGAUCACGUCAAAGUGAUUGGCGGCAGUAGGUUUAGAGAUGAAGUUGGUAUGGUCGUCAAGAUUAUUGAGGAUCGUGUCACUUUGUUGAGUGAUCAAAACAAUAAUGAAAUCACUGUUUUCAGCAAAGAUCUUCGGGAAGCAAGCGAUUCUGGUGGGAGUGGUGCGUUAGGAAAGUACGAGCUUUGGGAUUUAGUUCAACUAGACCCGUCUACUGUUGCUUGUAUCAUCAAAGUUGAUCGCGAAUCGCUUGUUGUUCUUGACCAGAAUGGAUCUAACAGGACCGUCAUUCCAUCUCAGAUUUCCAAUAAGCUCGAAAAGCGUAGGAACGCGGUGGCGACAGAUCGUAAUGGUGCUGAGAUCAAGAUGGAGGAUACCGUGAAAGAAUUUGGGGGAGAGGCUAGGUCUGGCAGAAUUCUACAUAUUCAUCGAGCCUAUCUCUUCUUGAAGAGUUCCGAGCUGAGCGAGAAUGCUGGUAUAUUUGUGGCGCGAACUACCAGCGUGCAAAGUGUCUCUGCCAAGGGAGGACGCAUCACUGAAAAUGCGGCUUCACCGGAUCUUAGCUCUAUGAACCCGGCAAUGAAGCUCAAUCCCAAGAGCAACGGCCAAAUGCUUCCACCUAAAUCAUUUGGUCGUGAUAAAUCUAUUGGUCAGACUGUUACAAUCCGCAAAGGCCCAUACAAGGGAUUACUCGGUAUUGUUAAAGAUACCACAGACACCCAUGCAAGAGUAGAAUUACACACAAAGAGCAAGGUAAUCAGUGUGCCAAAAGACUGCCUUGGAUUCAAGGACAAGAUAAGUGGAGCAUCGGUAGAUCCAAAUGGUUUCAGAGGUGGUCCUGGUGGUGGUAGAGGAGGAGGAGCUCCAAGAGGUCGUGGUGGAUUCGGAGGUGCAACUCCUGGACCAGGUUGGGACUCUGGUGCUGGUGGACGAACACCAAUGCCAGGUGGUCUUCCUGAACGCACUCCAGCUUGGGGAAGAACUCCUCAUGGUGGUGCCCAAGGUGGAAGAACGCCUGCCUGGAAGUCUGGUCCCACUGAUGGUGGUCGAACACCUGGUUGGUCGAACGAUGGAUCUCGAACUGUUUAUGCCGCAAAUGAUGGUAGUCGGACAGCCUAUGGAGGUGGCAAUAGAACUCCUGCUUGGUCAUCCGGUGCCAAAACCCCAGCUUAUGGCUUAUCAGAUAACUAUGGAUCCAAAACUCCCGCGUAUGGCGGCAGUGGAAAUGCUGGAGAUGCAUGGGGUUCGAAGACUCCAGCCUAUCAACCAAAUAAUUCAAACGACAACUGGAACUCCGGCCAAUCCAAUAACAAUAAUUGGGGAACAGCCUACGAUGCUCCAACCCCUGGUGGUCCUUUAUCGGCACCUACACCAGCUGCUAUGAAUGCACCAACCCCAGGUGGAUAUUCUGCUCCCACACCAGCUGCAAUGAACGCUCCAACUCCCGGGGCUUAUUCGGCGCCAACACCAGCUCCAGGUUAUUGGGGUGCUCCUACACCUCAAGCAAUGGAUGCUCCUACACCUGGACCAGGAUAUUAUGCAGGUGCCCCUACACCGGGUGCCUAUGCUGCGGAUACUCCAGCAGGUAAUUGGCAGGAUGAUGGUCCUAGAUACGUGGAUUAA